AUGCCGCUCAUUUCCCCGAAUGCCUUGCUUCAUGCUCAUCUUAAGCAAGAUCCACCUCGUCGGCCUUCAGGUCGAGGAUUGGCUGAAGCAAGGCCUACUCAAUUGAAUAUUGGGUCAUUGUCACACUGUAAUGGAUCUUCCCUGGUCAAGAUUGGAGCUACCACAAUUGUGUGUGGUGUAAGAGCGCAGAUUCUUCCUGUCAGUGAGAUCGCAAAUUUCAGAGUUACAAAGACAUCCCAAUCAUACGAUUCUUCCGCUCCAGUCCGGCGUGAUGAUCGCAACAAAAUGGCAGAUGUGCACGGUCAUAGCUACAACCCGAUCUCACUUUACAACCUUCUCGUUCCAAAUAUUGAGCUAGCAACAGGCUGCUCACCCAAACACGCCGCAAAUACGAUGCCCUCAGUUGAGGCCCAAUCCCUUUCUCAAAGACUUCUUUCACUUCUACACACAUCACAACUAGUUGACCCCUCGCAACUUGGGAUCAUUUACAUACCACCUAUCGAAUCGCAGGAUCCGGAACUUGGCGUCGACAACGACCCACAAAUCAAGGCAUACUGGACACUGUACAUCGACAUCAUGUGCAUCAGCCAUGGAGGCUCACUAUUUGAUGCUGCAUGGCUAGCUAUCUACGCGGCACUGAGAGACACAGAAUUGCCACAAGCUUGGUGGGAUCCGGACUUGGAACAAGUUCUAUGCUCCUCAGAUGACGUGGAGCGAUUGAAUUUACACGGUCUCCCUGCUCCAAGUUCAUUUGGUGUAUUUGUGCCGGAGAAGCGCAGUCUUACUGGCCCGCCGGCAAGUGAACUGCCACACUGGGUGCUUGCAGAUUUAGAUGCAUUCGAGGAAGAAACAUGUAUUGAAGAUUGUUGUAUCACAAUCGAUAUGAACGAUGCUCAUGGGGAACCAUCGAUACUGCGGAUAGAAAAGUCUGGAGGCACAGUACUUGACGUCGAAAGCCUACGCGGCGCUUUUGCUACGGCUGAAGAAAGAUGGCGGAGUUGGUUUAGGCUCCUCGAGAGUGUUUUCCGGCCCUGA